AGCUUGUCAAUACUAUUGAAAGAGCAGCUCACAAGAAGAUUAGAGACCCAAAUAAAUUUUAGCACAAUUUCGAUGUAUUGUAUCGAUGUUUCUGCCAGCACUAGCGUGUGGCAUUCAAAGGCUUGCCAGUGACGGUCACACUGAAGACAGGUGUUUUUUUUUUUGUUUUGGGGACUUCAACGAUUCCUGCCAGCGAAUUUCUUUUGCAUUGAAUACACUCUCAAAAUGGUUUAUCUAAAUAUUAUUUUGGGUAUUAUUACUGUUGUAGUGAGUGCAGGCAUCGCUGUCUACCUUAGCCGGCCAAAUUAUCAGCAAGUACCGCCUCACCAGACACGCCGCAGAGUCGAAGAGGAAACAAACAAAAAUGGCGGCAAACCAACUAAUAAAUUAGAAAGCCAGAAAUGCCGCAAGAGCAAGCCUGGUGACAUUUGUGCCACUUGCACCGAAGAGAUGCCAAGCGACGAUAUGUAUCGAAUGCAGUGUGGACAUGCCUUGCAUAACGCCUGCUUCCAGGUGUUUCGUUAUAUUUGCCCCAAUUGUUUUCUGUGCGGCCAAACCGUAAACCUGACCAUGCCCGGCGAUCCAUGCAGCAUAUGCUUCGAUUUGCUUACUAAAGAUGAAAUGCAACAUCUGAAAUGUCAUCAUGCCCUGCACAAGGUCUGUGCAUCCAAACUCAAAGCAACGGGCGCCACCAACUGCCCCCUGUGUCGGGCGAGUAUGUAGAGCAAUCAAUGCCUUAAUCCUGUCUGGUUGUCAUACGAAUUUUACUUUCUAUAAAUAAGUUACUGAAAAUGCCUUAAA